GUUUGACAACGACCACACCCUGUAACGAUGUCAUGAUCUUUAGCGAUUGCUUUGCGUAGUAUAGCAUCUAGAAACCACCAUGGACGACCUCAAUGGCCUCGACUGGUCGCAGCCCGCCAAAAAGCCGGCGACGAGCCCCGCGGUGUUUCCUCCCUUUCGCCAGAGCCCCACGCCGCAGCUCUCUGGCCGCUCCACGCCUCUCUCAGGGCUCUCCAUACAACAGUCGGGGGGGCCUCAGCAGCCGAAACCUUUCAAAGCGCCCUCGAAGCCCGCGACCCCCGCCAAUGACAGCUUCGCCAGCUUAGUGUCCAGCAAGACGUCGAAGGCCGCAGGAAGUGGCCUCUCGCUACAGGAGCGCCAGAAGCAGCUUCAGGAGGAGAAGCAGCGGCAGGAAGCAGAGCGGAGGAAGCAAUACGACGCAAGCUUCGGUGGUGCGGACUCGCAGUUCUGGAACAAUGCAGGGAGCGGCAAGAGCACGCCUGAGCCCUCCAGUCUAGGCGCACUUCCACCACCCGGCUCAAACAACCCCUUUAGCAAGCAAACGCUGUCGCAGACUAUCAACAAGCCAUUUGCCGGCCUCGACACGACCGCCAAGCGUCCCGUACAGUCCCCUCCGGUCGAUGACCUUCUUGCGGCGUUCAACUCAGCUGUCCCAGUAGACAGGUCGAGCCACUUCCCCCCACCUUCAAAUGGCAGCGGCCGAAGCACUCCGGCUGUCAGUGCGGCCGCCUCGAGAGGCCACACGCCUCUGCCGCAAUCCUCCAAUGUCAACCUUUUUGUAGACGACGACGACAUGUUCGGUCUACAGCAGAUGGCACAAAAGUCGACGUCGCCUGCCCCACCGCCGCCUACCAAUAACGAUGAUGAUGAUAUACUCGGGCUGCUGGGGAAACCUGUCGAGGAGUUCAAGAAGGAGGAGCCGAAGCCUACGAUAAACAGCUCGCGGGAGGAGACAGUCCGCGAGAGGUCCUCAAGCCCAAUGAACGCGCACGAUAGGGCUGUUGCUGAGCUUGUGGAUAUGGGCUUCUCAGCAGACCAAUCUGCCAUCGCACUUGCGACUACGGACUCUGGGCUGGACGUACAAGCAGCUGUUGGGUGGAUAUUGAACCAGGCGCACGCCAAGACCAAGCAAAGAUCACAGGAACCCAGCCAGGAGAGAUCGCGGCGAAGACCUGAGGAGUUGGAUGAGCACCCGAGACGAGGCAAUAGCAGGCCCAGCGCGAGGGAGGGACGGGGCAGCGAGCCCGUGCCAGCUUGGAUGCGGGACGAAGAUGCCCGGAGUCGUUCAGGGCAGCGCCGACAAGACGGCCAAAGGCAAGAGAAGGAUGUCACACAGGUAGCCUCGGAAAUUGGCAGCACUCUGUUCAAAUCUGCGAACUCGCUCUGGAAGCAAGGCCGCAAACAAGUACAGAAAGCCGUGGCCGACUUCCAGCAAGAUGGCGGUGAUCCUAGCGUUCCGAAAUGGAUGCGCGACGCGCAGGCGGCGGAAGCGGCGCCGAGAUCUAGCAGGCCACAGCGAGGUGAUGUCGGAGGAACCGACGAAGCCAUGAUGCUGGAAGCUGGAGGACGCCCUACGAAACCGCCUCGGCAGACUGAACAGCGGCAGCGACAAGAUGAUCUGCCUGUGCGACCGAGAAGGGAACAAGAGAUGUCUCGCCAUGGCAUUCCGGAUAGGAUGUCAUCGCAGUCUCCAGCUCAACGUCAGCCUACACCCAGCUACGAUAAGAAACCUGCAGCGCGUUUGACCAGGCAAGACGUAGAAGAACAGACUUCUCAAGCAUAUAUCAGCCCAGCACGCCGGAAGAAGGCAACACCACAGCCCCAGCCUGAAGUUGAUCUGUUUUCGCCAGAACCCACGCCGGCAGCACCCAAGUCACGACAGCAAGCACAGACCCAGUCGAACAAUCCGUUCCUUCAGGCUACCUCGACGCCCAAGACGCGUACUCCCGCUCGCACUCCGUCCCCACCCAGGCCAAAGGCACCGCCUCGACGAAUCCCUCCUAUCUCUUCAUCAGCGCUCAGCACAUCUGCUCGGGACCGCCAAAAGGGAUCAGAAUCCUUCAAGCGCGGCGACUACUCCGCCGCUCAUAUCGCAUACACGUCUGCGCUGAGUCCUCUUCCUGAUACCCACCCAGUCACAAUCAUUGUCCUUUGUAAUCGGGCUGUAACUAACAUCAAGGUUGGCGACCCGAAAGCUGCGAUCGUUGAUGCCGAUGCCGCACUCGCUAUCAUUGGUGUAUCGAAGGGUGAGGGCGAGAAGAUUGCGUCGGGUGGUGCUGAGGGCGAGAAGGAUAUGAAAGAAUUCUAUGGCAAAGCACUUAUGCGCAAAGCGGAAGCGCUCGAGAAUAUGGAAAAGUGGGCAGAUGCGCACAAGGUUUGGAAGAUGGCUGUACAGGAUGGGGUGGGUGGUGCGGUCAGCAUAUCAGGACGCAAUAGGUGUGAGAAGGCUGCUGCAGGCGGCAAUAACGAUUCCACGCCAGCACCUGUCAAGCGCGCACCCGUCCGAAAGCCAGCACCCAAGCCAUCUGCAAUGUCAGAUCUUGGUGGAGGUGCUCCUGAUUCGGAGGCCGUCAAGAGAUUGAAGCUCGCGAAUGCUGCAGCCGAAAAGGCUGACGACGAGAAGUUUGCUCUUGCCGACCAGGUCGAUGCAAAGCUCAUCGCGUGGAAAGGCGGGAAAACAGACAACUUACGAGCUUUGCUUGGGUCGUUGGACAACGUGCUGUGGCCUGAGGCUGGGUGGAAAAAGGUCGGCAUGGGCGAUCUCGUGAUGGCGAACAAGGUCAAGAUCAACUACAUGAAGGCGAUCGCCAAGGUGCACCCUGACAAGAUUCCCCAAUCGGCUACCACAGAACAGAGGAUGAUUAGCGCAUCAGUCUUCGCAACCUUGAACGAAGCUUGGGACAAGUUCAAGGCUGAUAACAACCUAUAGAACUGGAUGCUUUGAAGCAUAUUCGAGUUCGAUACUGCAUGGUAUAUGAGAUCCAUGCAAUCUGAUCCCUCGACCGCUGAACAUAUAAGACUUAUGAUACCUACUACAAUCUAUCUGUUCUUGCCUUUCAUUGGAGUGUUGGCACGUGAUGCGGCUCAUGUCCGGUUGCAUGGAUGGUGCCUUGCAGCUUACCCCGGAUUUGACGAACGCUUGGCAUUACCAACCCUCCAACUUUUCAUCAGUACAGUCAUCUCGGGCCUAUCCAUUGACUGUCCAUAUUCGCUACUUUCAUCAAAGACGAUAUUGUUGAACUUCUCACACUACCUAUCCUGUAUAUAUACAAGCUCUUGCCAGCACUGGAAGAGAAGGAUCAUUGGGACGAUUAUUUCUCCCAGC